AAUCAUCGCAAUCAAUGGUUCCAAAGUUCGGCCUGUCUGAGGCGCCUGGGCGGACCUGUCGUCGUCCUCGCCAUGCAUGCAAAUGCGCCUCCAUUCCACAACUCUCACAACACUACGAAUCGUCGUCUGCUGUACUCCGUAUCCGUACAUACUACAGUUGCACAGUCCCAAGCUGCGUCGUCCUGCAAAGGCUGCAACUGAACAGACCAGAACGAGAACAAGGUGCUACACCUUCCCCCUCCGGAAACGCCAAGUACCCAGGAAACGCCAAUCCGGGGCAGCUCUGUGCCUCGUGCCUGCGUCUGGCUGCUGUGCGCUGUUUGGUUCAUCCGUCGCCCGCCGUCCCACACGAUGCAAGUCGAAUCAGAAUGCGAGUCGAGUGUGCCUGUUUGCUGCGCAUGGUUACCCGACCUCGCGUCACUGGAGUCUUGGAAGUUGGAGGACAGGCCAAGUCGACGUCAAGACGGACAACCUUGAAAGUCGGACAGACAAAGGUGCCGCUGCCCCACGGAGCGCAUUGCAUCGCACCGCAACGAUGCCUCGUCCACCGUCCAGUGUUUCCCACCGCCUCUCGCCCGAAUCCUCGAAUCCUGAGUCUGUCUGUCUGUCUGUCUGUCAGACUGUCUCUGUCCAAGACGCACAUGGACCGAGGUAGGAAGACUUGCCAGCGCACCACCUCAAGCUGCCAAUACCGUCAUGGCCGAAGAGCCGUCUUGUCGCGCCUUCAACGUCUGCAACUGGCCCGUAUUGUCAUUCCUCUUGAUAAACCGUCCUCUAUGAAUACUGCAAACAACCAGGAGACGUCCGUUCAUAUCGGGGCGGCGCAGAGAACGGGCGGAAGAUCUCAAUCGGCC